CUAAAUGAGUAACAAAGUAAGAGUGAGACCCCAUUAAAGUGAGCACUGUACUGGUAAUUUCCAUUUAUUUAAGUACUUGCAACGCUUAUUUUCAUAACAUGUCAACGGCAUUAAUACUAAGGAUGCUGGAAGAUGAUAACUAUAUGCUAUUUCUAAGAAAUAAUGCAAACAAGGAACAAAUAAUAGCAUUACUGCGUGUGCUUUUGUAUUGGCACAAAGACGUGUCAGUACAUCGAUGCGAGGGGAACGUUCACGUUUGAAGCGUGCAAAAGACGGAUCUGGGGGGACAUUGACAUCGUGCGACUAACGCCAGCCUGGUUCUUGCGCUGCCUGCCUGGGUUCGCUGCCACUCCGCGCGUUUCAAUGGAGUCAUAUGGACACUUCCAACGAGGGGGCAGCCGCGCGGCUCCCGUCGCCGUCUCCUCGCGCAGGGCCGCUUUAAAACGCCACUGAGCGCGGGGAGCAGCUCGAGGAGACAUUUGCAGCACCCACGGCGGCCAAGAAUUGCGGUUUCCGUGGGAAAAAACGGCGGCGGGACUGCUCGUUUCCCAUCCGAAUUCCUCCCCCCACCCCCAUCCAACGUCGUGCCGCCGCCUGCGCCUCGCGCUCGUGACGGAGGGCGGCAGGCAGCGCGCGAGCGGGGCAGCAGCACCGCGGCACCGGGCAUCAUCAUGGAGCCCCGCGUCCUCCUCGCCUUCCUCCUGUGCGCCGUGGCGGCUCUGAGCGCCGAGGAGGACCAGUCGCAGGACCUCGAGUGCAAGACGAAGAGCGUGACCGUGUCGGCGCUGCCGUUCCUGCGGGAAAACGACCUGAGCAUCAUGCACAGUCCGUCGGCCUCGGAGCCCAAGCUGCUCUUCUCGGUGCGCAACGACUUCCCCGGAGAGAUCGCGGUGGUGGACGACCUGGAGAACACCGAGCUGCCCUUCUUUGUGCUCGAGAUCUCCGGGAACUCUGAGGACAUCCCGCUGGUGCGUUGGCGGCAGCAGUGGCUUGAGAAUGGCACACUGCUCUUUCACAUCCACCACCAGGAUGGCAGCCAGAACCUUCCAGGCAUGGCCCCCACCGAUUACCCUGCAAGUGACUCGGCUGAGGAGGAGCUUCGCAUCCUGCACAUCUCUGUCAUGGGAGGUAUGAUAGCCCUUCUGCUGUCCAUCCUGUGUCUCGUGUUGAUCCUAUACACGCGUCGCCGUUGGUGCAAGCGCCGGCGCGUGCCACAGCCACAGAAGAGUGCCAGCGCAGAGGCCGCUAAUGAAAUCCACUACAUCCCUUCAGUUCUGAUGGGCGGCCAGGCUCGCGAAAGUCUGCGCAACUCCCGUGGCCAGGGCCACAACUCGAGUGGGACGCUGAGCAUUCGGGAGACCCCCAUUUUGGAUGGCUACGAGUACGACAUCGCGGACCUGCGUCACCACCUGCAGCGGGAGUGCAUGAAUGGUGGAGAGGACUUUACCAGCCAAGUCACGCGGACACUGGAUUCCCUGCAGGGCUGCAAUGACAAGGCCAGCAUGGACCUCACUCCUGGAAGUGACAAUACCAAGCUGUCUCUAAUGAGCAAGUACAAGGACAACAUCAUUGCUACUAGCCCUGUGGAUGCAAAUCACCAGCAGAACACCCUUCUCCCUCACAACACUACCAGCAGCCAGCGAAAACGCAUCUCCAGCAAGACUCGUGCGGGUUCGGCCUUCCUGAACCCAGAUGGGGACUCGGGGACAGAGGCUGACAGCGAACCCCAGCUGACCUUUUACACUGACCCCAAUCGCAGCAGGCGCCGCAGCCGAGGUAUGCGAAACGGCUCUCCAAGAAGCCCCAUCAAUAAGACUACCCUGACUUUGAUCAGUGUUGUCAGCUGUGUGGUUGGCCUUGUGUACUCCUCACACCUCUCCUGCGGCCUCAAUGUACGGGUCAUUCUCCAUGUCCCGGAGCACCUCAUUGCUGAUGGGUCCAGGUUCAUCUUGCUGCACGGCAGCCAGCUGGAUGCCAGUGACUGGCUGAACCCUGCACAAGUCCUGCUGUUCUACCAGCAGAAUGCCAGUGGACCGUGGGUCAGCGAGCUGUGUGGCCGCCGUCUGCUGGAUCCCUGUGAGCAUCAGUGUGAUCCUGAGACAGGUGAAUGCCUUUGCUUUGAUGGCUACAUGAAGGACCCUGUCCAUAAACAUCUUUGUAUUCGUAAUGAAUGGGGACCCAAUCAAGGCCCUUGGCCCUACACCAUUUUCCAGAGAGGGUUUGAUCUAGUAAUGGGAGAGCAACCUUCUGAUCGUAUCUUCAGGUUCACAUACACUCUAGGAGAAGGUAUGUGGUUGCCCCUCAGCAAGAGCUUUGUCAUCCCGCCUGCCGAACUGGCCAUCAAUCCCUCCGCUAAGUGUAAGACGGACAUGACAGUCAUGGAGGAUGCUGUGGAUGUCAGGGAGGAGCUGAUGAUAUCCUCAUCGUUUGACAGUCUGGAGGUGCUGCUGGAUUCCUUUGGCCCUGUGCGUGACUGUUCAAAGGACAACGGUGGCUGCAGCAGGAACUUCCGCUGCAUUUCGGACCGCAAGCUGGACUCCAGCGGAUGCGUGUGCCCACCUGGCCUGAGCCCCAUGAAGGACGGUUCGGGAUGCUAUGACCACCACAUCGGCAUCGACUGCUCUGAUGGCUUCAAUGGAGGCUGUGAGCAGCUUUGCCUCCAGCAGCUGACCCCACUGGAGGAGGACACUUCCCUCUACAACAUCCAUAUGUUUUGUGGCUGUAUUGAAGAUUAUAAGAGGGGCCCUGAUGGACGAUCAUGCCAGCCACUGUCUGAAGCCUGCACUGAUGGCCUGGACUGUAGCGAGGGGGCUGACAUUCCUGGCAACCAGACUGCGUUUGGUGACCUUUUCUAUGGCUAUAAUAACCACACCAAGGAGAUCACCUCUGGACAAAUCCUUAAAGCCAGUUUCAGGCAGAAGAACUUUGCCAGAGGCAUCGAGCAACAACUCCCUGAUGGCAUGGUGGUGGCGUCAGUUCCCACGGAAGUGCAGUGUCACGAAGAGCUGUCUGACCCCGUGCCCGACCCAGAAUAUCUUACAGGUAUGGUAAACUACAGUGAGGUUUCUGGGUACCCCCUUGUUCAACAGUGGAGGCUGAGAUCCAUACUGUACCAUGUAAAACUGAACCAAUGGACGCUUUCCCAGGCCUUCAGCUCAGCCAUCCACUCCUUGGACGGAGCCACUCUGCGGAGUGACUUUGUGGCCAUCCUCAAGGAGUUCGGCAACCACUUCAUUCAGGAGGCUGUUUACGGCUUUGAGGAGUCCUGCACCAUCUGGUACCCCAACAAGCAAGUCCAGAGACAGUUAUGGUUGGAAUACCAGGACAUCAGCAAAGGGAACUCCCCGUCGGAUGAAUCUGAGGAGCGGGACAAAGAACCCAGGACGCUAACAUUCCCGGCCUACAUCGCCAGCCUGCUGGACUCAGGUGCCAAGCGCAUGGCGGCUGGCGUUCGCAUGGACUGCACCAGCCAGGGCCAGUGCCCCCAGUCCUGCCACCUGUGCCACAUGAGCCCCGGGCCAAGUCGUCCGUCUGAGCCCGUCCUCCUCCAGAUCACCAAGGCCGCCCCGCUCUACGAGCUGGUCUCUAACAACGACACUGUCCAGGCGCUGCAGGAGGCCAUGACGAGCAUGCUAUGGUGCUCUGGGAAGGGCGACGUCAUCGACGACUGGUGCCGCUGCGAUUCGAGUGCCUUUGGUGCCGACGGGCUGCCCACCUGCGCUCCACUGCCCCAGCCCACGCUAAAGCUCUCCCACAUGUUCGAGCCCAGCAGCUCAAUGGUGGUCAUGGAGUGGAACCACACGGAGCCCCCUAUCGGGGUUCGCAUUGUAGAUUACCUCAUCAGCCAGGAGAAGGUGACGGAGAGGACAGACCACUCCAAGGUGGAAACAGAGACAAUGCUGAGCUUUGUGGAUGACAUCCUUUCGGGUGCCAAGUCUCCCUGUGUGAUGCUGGGACACAUCCCUGACCUCCUGACCUCCUCCAUCAGCAUGAUCAUCCGCUGCCUGGAGCCAGACACCACUUACAUGUUUAGACUGUGGGCAGUGGACAACACAGGUCGUCGCUCCACUCCCAGCGAGGUCACCAUCAAGACACCCUGCCCUGCUGUGGAUGACGUGAAGGCACAAGAAAUUGCAGACAAAAUCUACAACUUGUUUAAUGGCUACACCAGCGGGAAGGAGCAGCAGACCGCCUACAACACGCUCAUGGACUUGGGUUCGCCAACGUUGCACCGGGUGCUGUACCACUACAACCAGCGGUACGAGAGCUUCGGCGAGUUCACGUGGCGCUGCGAGGACGAGCUGGGCCCCAGGAAAGCUGGGCUGAUCUUGAACCAGCUCAACGACCUAAGUGGCUGGUGCAGGGGGCUUCUACAGGAACCCAAGAUUGGCCUACGGAGAGUGUCCCUCAGGUACCUGGCCUGCCGGUACACCGACACCAAGGCUUUUGGUCUGAACUGGGUGGACCUUGGCCAGGAUGUGCGCAAGGCCUGCGAGGAGCAGCACCUUCCAGUACUGUACAACGAUUAUGGCGAGCCAAAAGAACUGUGAAACACGAACCGUGAUUUGAUUUUCCAGUAGUGGGUUUGGGAUCACUUUCAAAUCUGACUAAAUUGGCAGCAGUUUAAUACUCCCCCAACUUAUGUGCUCUAAAGCUCCAUUAAAUGUUGAUUAUUGCAGUAUGAGGAUAGCAAUCACAAUGCUUCCAUUAGAUAUUUUAGUUAAUAUUUUCACAAGUGGCUGUCAGAUGAUUGAAGUAGCUGUUCUGUAAAUGCAGGAAACUUGCUUUUUCUGUAAAUAUGAAUCUUCUAACAGACUUGUUCUCUUUAUGUGUUCAUUAUGCUUGUCUUUAGUGCAUACCGAUGUGCGAAUUUAGUGAACGAGGAGUUAAAAAGAAAUCCCAAGAAAUAUACAUUACAAAAACUUUUUUCUUUACUAAAAUGUUGAAUGUAGUCCUUAAAUUUUAGAGCUGUUGUACAGAUCUUUUUUAUGGAAACAGUAUUAAGUAUGUUGAGUAGGGAGAACAAUUAUAUUACGUCAAUCCGUAUUUUUCGUCUCAAGAUAAUCAAACCAUUUUAAAGCAUAUACAUUUAUAUUGCCUACAAGUACUCUGCUCCUGAACCGGAUCUGAAAGGCUUUCGUUUGGGGCAUGAAAGUUUUUAGGGGAUAGUGUUAAAAAAAAUCCUCUUGGGAACCUAUACCUCUGGAACAAAUAUAAUAUUUCUACAAUAAAAGUUAUGGGGAAUUCCUCUGAAAAGUUCCUGUUGUUCCAUAUGUUUAGGGUAAAGGGAAACCAACCGCAUCAUACAACUCUUUCAGGUUUAUGUUUCAGUCCCUGGUGAUUCUCAGCAGUCAUAUUUUCACUCAGCAAGUAUUUCACCAUUGUCUAGACUGCUCUUUACGAUUUCGUAAUGCCAGGAAUUUAUGGUAAUCUGAAUAUUAGUAAUAAGGAGGUGCUAACUGAUGCUCUCUUUUAAUGUAAAUAUCAUUAUAUAGGAGUCUACUUUAAACAAAUUGAACACACGGAUCAGGAACACAUGUCAUAAGGCCAGAUAUGUCCAGAAAAAUAUGAACAGUUUAAUAAGGACAUAAAAUGUGCUCUCCAUCAAUUUCCAGUACAAAUGAUCCCUAAGGAUACGCAGUUUCCUUUGGAUAUGGUGGACCCUGACUUUAUUUUUGAGUGGAACUUCCCUAUAAAACAUGUUUUCUUUUUUUAAAAAUCAUUCCAGGAACUUGAGUAGGCAAAGUAUGGGAUUUAUGAAGUUGAAAAGUGAAGGAUUCUCAUCAUGCUCAAUUGCCCAUUCACAGUACAGAAAAAAAAAAAAAAAAAAAACAGGAACUUUUUA